AAAACCAUGGAUACAGAUCAAAUUUUUAAAUUUUGUACUUGCUAUAGUCCAAGUGAUAGAUAGAAAUUCUCCUAAUCAAAUUUUUCAAGAAUCAUUUCAUCUAAAACAAAAACUAGUAAAAAAUACAUUUCCACAGCCAUUUGCUCCCCAAAAUCGCAACAAAUGCUCAUGUUCAUUAAGACUGGAGAAAGAGGGAGGGCAACAACAAAAACAAAACAACACAAUUUUUUUGGGGGGGAGGGGGGCCUCUCUUGAACUUCAAAAUCCAUACAAAAAACUAAAAAAAAAAUACAUCAUUCUGCAUUAAUACAACUCACCUACUGCUUUAACUCUCAUCAUCAUCACCAUCUCUUAUUGCUACAGAUGAAUGUUCUUGCACACUGAUCAACUCCAUCCACACAAUCCCAACUGAAUGUUAUUCUUCACUCAGAGUGACACAGAGAGAGUGUGUGUGCACAGGAAAGUUACCCUUUAAAGAAAAGAAUAUGCACCACUGUUUUAACUGAUUAUCACAAUUAGCGAAUGCAUCCAAAACUAUUGGUUUAAUUUAUAACUCUGCCCCAUACUCACCCCAAAUCCGACAAUUAUGAGAUAAAUCCAAUCUUCCCCAUGUGAGAUUAUUCCUCACUCACUCACUCACUCACCACUGCACCUACUUUCAUCUCUGUCCAAUUCCGACAUGUGGGAAUCCGGCGAUUAUGACACCGGAUCACCUAUCUCGACCGCCAAAAACGGCCUUCACACCGAUGGCUUCCACCAAAGAGGCCACUCUUGGUUUGUUUCCACCGAUAUCCCCAGCGAUUUCUUGGUUCAGAUUGGCGACAUCACCUUCCAUUUACACAAGUUUCCUCUCCUCUCGCGAUGCGCGAAGAUGAACAGAAUCAUAUACGAAUCCCGCGACGGCGAGAUAAACAAGUUAUGCCUCGACGAUCUCCCCGGCGGCGCCGACGCAUUCGAGCUGGCGGCGAAGUUCUGCUACGGCGUCGCCGUCAAUCUCACAGCGACCAACAUCUCCGGCCUUCGUUGCGCCGCGGAGUAUCUUGAGAUGACGGAGGAUUUGGAGGAAGGGAAUCUGAUAUUCAAAACCGAAGCCUUUUUAAGCUACGUUGUCUUAUCCUCGUGGAGAGAUUCCAUCGUUGUUCUACAAAGCUGCGAGAAUCUUUCGCCGUGGGCGGAGAAUCUCCAGAUUGUGCGGAGGUGUAGUGAGUCUAUUGCGUGGAAAGCGUGCGCGAAUCCCAAGGGGAUUCGGUGGCAGUACACCGGAAAGCCGAGAUCGUCCUCGAACGAGUCCAGCCCUAGCAGCAACGCCGCCUGGAAGGGCGGCGCCAGCGGCUUACACGUGAUCGUGGCUGGGAACCAUGAGUUCCCGACCACGGUCCAAGCUAAGGAUCAGAGGAUGAUCGUGGAAAGCCUAAUCAGCAUUAUACCUCAGCAGAGAGACUGCGUUUCCUGCAGUUUCCUGCUGAGGCUGCUGAGGAUGGCCAACAUGCUCAAAGUCGCUCCGGCUCUGGUGACGGAGCUGGAGAAGCGUGUCGGGAUGCAGUUCGAACAUGCGACCUUGUCGGAUCUUCUCAUCCCUUGUUUCAACACGAAAGAGACUAUCUACGAUGUCGAUCUCGUUCAGAGGCUCCUCGAGCAUUUUCUAGUGCAAGAGCAAUCGGAGGGUUCGAGUCCGACGAGGCAUCCCUCAUCGGACUUGAAGAUGUAUGACAGCAGCUCCCAGAGAGGGAGCCAUCUGAAUGCCAAGAUGAGGGUUGCCAGACUGGUCGACAGUUAUCUGACGGAAGUGGCCAGGGACAGAAACUUGUCCCUGACCAAAUUCCAGGUUCUUGCUGAGGCACUGCCUGAAUCAGCAAGAACCUGUGAUGAUGGACUCUACAGAGCAGUUGACUCUUAUCUUAAGGCACAUCCAACGCUGACCGAGCACGAGAGGAAGAGGUUGUGCCGCGUGAUGGAGUGCCAGAAGCUAUCCAUGGACGCAUGUAUGCACGCUGCGCAGAACGAGCGCCUCCCUCUCAGGGUGGUGGUGCAGGUCCUCUUCUCCGAGCAGAUGAAGAUAAGCAACGCGCUCGCGCUCAAGGAAGGUGGGGAGUCGCAGUACCAGCCCAUGGUGCCGAACCGGAAGACACUGCUAGAGGGGACCCCGCAAUCGUUCCAAGAAGGAUGGACAACGGCGAAGAAGGACAUCAAUACUCUCAAAUUCGAGGUGGAGAGUGUUAAGGCUAAGUAUUCGGAGCUUCAGAACGAGAUGGAGGCAUUGCAGCGCGAGCUCAACAGGUUGGCGAAGCCCAAGCAGACGUCGGCGUGGACCUCGGGUUGGAAGAAACUCAGCAAGUUUACUAAGACGACAGAAGCCAAUGACAAUGGAUCACAAGUUGCAACUGCUGAUCAAACUAGAAAGACUCCUAGAAGGUGGAGAAAUUCCAUUUCUUGAAUUGCAAUUUUUGUUCUAAUUUUAUCUUCAUUUAGCAUAACAUAUGACUAAUUGUGUUGUUUUUGUUUUUCUACAUUUGGUUUAUGUUUAGAGGAAGAUGCAAUAUUGACAUGAUUUUCAUUGUUAUUGAGAAACUUUUUUAGUA